AUAAAUUAAAUAUCGGAAAGAAAUCGGCCUCCCUUUUCCAGACUGACAAAUUAUUGGAAAACCGCCUUUUAAUUAAAAAAAACCUGUCAGUCGGGAAAUGGAAGCCUCCUGCUUCUUGGCUACCAUAGACUAACGCGGCUCCCCGGGUAUACGGAUAGGGCAUAGAGAGUCGGAAGGCGGGACAGUGGCCGCCUUGGUGGAAGCGAGAUUGCCGGCCAGAGUGUCCCCUCCUCAGUUUAAAGUGAUAGGGUUUCGGGACCCACCCGCUAUUUUUGGGAUAUCUAUGAUUCCUGUUGCCUAUCUGGCGGAGAAUGGGACAUUGACAACAAGCAACAGGAGAGGGGCUGGUUUCUGUCCUCGUUUUUGAGGCGCUGGGCCAAUUGAUGUAGAUUUAUUGCAAUAAAAUGUUUUAAGUUGCAGCACACACAAAAAAAGAUGGUGUGAAACUGGGACAUUAAAGGAUUUAUCUUGACAUACCUUGAAGGAUCGAGCUAUAUAGAUGCAUUAGAACUCAACUUAUAAAAUGCAUUUUAAAUGAGCAAAUCUGUCUUGUAUGUGUUCACACAGAGACACAAACACACGGACAAAAUAUGAAUAUCCUAAAACUUCAGUGUAUGUAGAAUAACUGACAACGAUUCUGGCACUAAUAACAAUUAUCACAUUUUAAAUCAAUUUACAGUCCAACUAACCCAAACUUUUCAUGCUGUAUUCUCCUUUUGAAGUUAUCUUGUAAAAUGUAUAGAUUAAAAGGCAGAGUAUAGAGAUUGAAAGUGUUACAGAAUUGAGAUUAGGAAAUUAGGAAAGUGUUACAGAAUUGAGGCCUUUGAACUCUGAUGCUGGAGAAGAUUCCUGCGAGUCCCUUGGAUUGCAAGGCGAACAAACGAGGAGUUUUCUCCUCUUCUAGAGGAGAUCAACCCUGACUGCUCUUUAGAAGGCCAGAUCCUGAAGAUGAAACUGAAAUACUUUGGCCACCUAAUGAGAAGGAAGGACUCACUGGAGAAGAGCCUAAUGCUGGGAAAGAUUGAGGGCAAAAGAAGAAAGGGACAACAGAGAACGAGGUGACUGGAUGGAGUCACUGAAGCAGUAGGCAUGAGUUUAAAUGGACUCCAGAGGAUGGUAGAGGACAGGAAGGCCUGGAGGAAUGUUGUCCAUGGGGUUGCGAUGGGUCGGACACGACUUCACAACUAACAACAACAACAACAGCAGUCUCAUGACUAAAGUUGGAAAGCAGGUUCAUUUACCCAAGGAAGGACUGAUCAUGCAACCUUUGGACUCAGAGAGAGCCUUAAUUAAAGUUACCCACUGUGACAAAGACAUUUUUGGCUGCUUAGUUCCCGAGAACUGUCCAUUGUGUGGGCAAAGGUUGAUUUACGGAAGUCUGGAAGAAGCACCUGUCAGUAUUCCAAGCCCAUUUGUUAAUGGGCACCGAGAAAGAUGUGCUUUUUUACUGAAGCCCACUAUAGGAACAUUUCUAAGAGACUACGAUGGAGAGUCUGACCUUCAUGUUGGAAUAACUAAUACCAAUGGUUUGGUGUAUAAUUACAAUGAAACUGGUAUUACCAUUGCUGAAUAUGGCUGGGAACAAUGUGUGAGCAUUCCACUAGUGCAGCCUGAUAUGUAUGGCCUCCUUAACCAAUGGGAUACCUAUCUAGGACAAUUUUCAGCAACAGAUAUUUGGCUUCCACACAGGUAUGAAGAAUGUUUCCAUAAUUGUUAUACAUAUGCACUAACAUUUAUUAAUUGUGUGUUGAGUGCCCAAAAGCAACAGCAAAUGAAUAAAAAUGAAUUUACAGAGAAAUUUGUAAUUCCCCGAACAAGAAAAGCUUCCAAAUAUAUCACCAUCUACAAGGAAAUAUGCAAGAAUGGUUUUUAUGUUGUUGACCAUCCUGCUCAAAAAGGCAGUACUUCUACCAAUGCCAUUUGACUUUAGACCGAAGCACUUACUAUAAGUAAAAUUAAAAUAUUCAAGUUAAGACAUAAGAUGUUACUCCUAGCUUGUUAUACGGAAAGUGGAAAACAUUACCAUCAUACUUAAUUGGACAGAAAUCCAUGAGAAAUCAGAACUAUUUCCUAUUAUCCAUAAAACUGCAGAAACUGAAUCACAAUGUAAUGUUUCUAAUAAACAUCUUUUCUACUUGUCUAAAUAAUUAAAGUUGAAAACAAUUUUUAAUAUUUUUUUCUUUACUCCAGAUGGCACUGAAGCAAAGACAAUGACAUUUUUCUUUCUGUGGGUGUAUUCAUGAAUAGAAGUUAAAGGAAAUUCUACCAACCAACAAAAAUAAAUUCAGCAUUCAUAGAAUCAUAGGGCUGG